AUGGCAAGAAAUCAGUUUAGAAUUGUUGUUGGUUCUUAUGAACACAAUAUUUUAUGUGUCUCUUUGGAUUUGUCCUCAGCUACUCCAUUGUUUACUCCUAUUUUCCAUUUCCAAGCUCAUGCAUUGAGUGUCAAAUGUUUGGAUAUUUCGAGAAGAUAUUUGGUCUCAGGCUCUAAUGAUGAGCAUAUUAGAAUUUAUGAUCUUCAAAAGAGAAAAGAGUUAGGUACUCUGUUAGCGCACCAGGGCUCGAUUACUGCAUUGAUGUUUUCGAAGAGUAGAGCCUCACUGAAUGAAGGUGACGAGAAAGAUGAACGUGUUGUUGACGGUAGCAGUAGUGGUAGCAGAUGGUUGUUGUCCGCUUCUGAAGAUAACAAGAUUGUGGUAUGGAGAGUAAAAGAUUGGGAGAAUUUUGGUACUUUGAAGGGUCAUACAGCAAGAAUCAAUGAUAUAGACAUACAUCCUUCCAACAGAGUUGCAGUGAGUGUUAGUGAUGAUCAUUCUAUUCGUUUAUGGAAUUUGAUGACCGUGAAGAAAGCUGCUGUUCUUAAAUUAAGAAAGUAUUCUCAAAAUGGUCAAUUCGUAAGGUGGUUAGGCAACGGUGAUUUCUUUGCGGUGGCGUUACUAAACAAAGUAUUGAUCUAUAAGACAUCAACUGCAAAGGUUGUGAAGGAGAUUGAUAUUGAGAAAAAGACAAUAAUGCAUAUGGAAGUUGAAAAAUUAAACGAUGCUAAUGGCAGUGAAGAUGAAUAUUUAGUGGUCGGUUUAAGCGAAGGUAGUAUAUGUUUCUACAUGACAAAAGAAUUCCAAGAGGAGUCUGAAGAUAAAGUAGCUCCUGCAUUCGUAUUAUUAGGCCAUACAAAUCGUGUGAAAGAUUUUAAAUUUUAUGCAAAUGAGUUUGGGAAAUAUCUUGUAUCGAUUGGUUCUGAUGGUAAGAUUGUGGUUUGGGAUUUGAAAUUGACAGGAAAGGACACUGAAAGACAACAAGUCGCUAUUUUUGACAGUGGUGAAAGAUUGAAUUGUUUGGCACUUUGCGACGAAUCUGUUGAGAAAUACGAAACAAUGAAGAAGAGAUCUAAUUCAGAAAUGGAAUUAGGUGAACAAAGUGAAGUUGAAAGUGACAUGGAAGAUUUAAAGAAAGCUAUGUUCGGUGAGAAGCAAAAGAAAAGUAAGAAAGCUAAUAAGAAGGCCAAGAAGAAGAAGGUCACAGUGCACUUGGAAUAG